AUGCUAAAGUUUAAUUAUGAUUCUUUGAGCCGGUUAGAGGAUAAUCUUGAUCGCCUUCUCGUCCAGAAACUUUUCGAUCAAGGAAUUAGUCAUGGUUUCUUUAACGACACGGAAGGGGAAGAUCCAGACAAGGUGUAUGGUCUUUUCCUCUGCAGAGUUGACGUUCAACUUGAUCUGUGCCAAAGCUGCAUCAAGGCGGCUCGCACCAAGUUCCGAAGGCAGUGCCACAAGAAAAAAGAAGCCAUCAUAUGGUAUUAUGAAUGCCUUGUGCGCUAUUCCUACAGAUCUUUCUUCUCUGGAAUUGUCACCUUCUUUUCAUAA